AUGGAUGAGAUAGUGAAAUUCACGACGCAGAAAGCUGGUCACUGGGCGCUCGUAAUUGAAGAUUCUGCAGACCAACAGCGGAAAGGCGGCGAGUUCGUAUUCGAGAUAUCUAAGCUUAAGGACGAGCAGGAGCUACCGGUUGAAGACAGGAUAGACACUUAUAAGCUGGGGAAACCUAGUUCACUACCGCCGCCGGAAUUCCUUUCUGAGAAAGAGGACCGAUAUAACGACGACGAAGACUAUCCAGAGCGAGUCGAUAAAACCUUAUUUAUGAGAGCUAGUAAACAGAUUCGGAAAGGAUUCGAGGAGCCAAACUAUAAACUUCUUGGAGGGGUCUGCUGGGAUCUUCUAGACAGACUAAAGUGCAAAACAAAAUUUACGAAUGGCGAGAUUUGGCACGAAGCCCAACGCAUUUGGCACCGGCAACAUGACUAUAGAUAUAUCAACAACAACUGUCAGAGGUUUUGUAUUUUGCUGGCAAUUAGUAUUAGGUCGAAACAAAACGCUACGUUGAGGAUAUUGAAUGGAAAGAUAGCUGUCAAGCAAAAGCUUAACAUGUAA